UGAGGCCGCGCGGGGAGGGCUCAGCACCAUAGGUGUUCUGGAUUGAACUGCGUGGUGUUUGUCCACCGAAAGAACGCGUGAAAGGUUACUUAGGCAAGUAACAUUUCGCUAUUCAAGAUGUCACAGACCUCGAACCAGCAUCCAUUUUUGAAGUUCCCGAUGGAUGAGAAAGUGCUGGAUGAAGUUGCCAAGAAUGAACGUGACUUCCUACUGCUGCAUGGCGGCGGUCUGCGGCUGCGAGAGUCGACCUCGGACGACGAGUUACGCUUCGCCCCGUUUUUCCUCUUCCCCUCGCUGUUCCCUGAGCGCGGCUUCCGUACCGCGCUGCUGGCGCAGACCGUCAUGAACAAGCUGACCUUCUGCGUGGCCUACGAUAGACAGUUUCUCACCAGCUGUCUAAAAAGCACGAUACUGGUGGACGACUUCACGGCUCGGCUUUUUGACAUCUACCAGAAAGUGAUGGACGAGGGUCUGUGCCAGCCGGUCUCGCUGGGCCUGCUGCGCGUCGACUAUUUCGCCUGCGAUUUGCGCGGCACCAUUGCACAGGUGGAAGCGAAUGUUAUUGCGUCGGGCUGGAGUGCCAUGAGCCAAGUCACCUCUGACAUGCAUAGAUACGGUCUCACCGUGCUGGGUCACCUGGACAAGACUGACCAGAUUCCGGCCAACACCUCCCUGGAGGGGAUCGCCACGGGCAUGAUCCACGCCUGGGACAAGUACAACGUGGCUGGGGCGGUGAUCCUGUUCGUGGUGGAGGACCGCACCAUCAACAUCUGCGACCAGCGAUUCCACGAGUUCCAGGUGUACCGGCAGCGGCCGGGCAUCAGGGUGAUCCGGAGGUCGUUUGCGCAGCUGCUCAGCCAGGCGUCGCUGGGCGAGAGCCGAGCUCUCAUAGUGGACGGCCACGAGGUGGCGGUGGUGUACUACCGCGUGGGCUACUCGCCGGACCACUACCCCAGCGAGCGCGAGUGGCAGCUGCGCCUGCUGAUCGAGCGCUCGCGCGCCAUCAAGUCGCCCAGCAUUCAGCUGCAUCUGGCCGGCACCAAAAAGGUGCAGCAGGAGCUCUGCCGUCCCGGCGUGCUGGAGCGCUAUCUCCGUGACCAGGAGGUGACGCUCUGCAGAUCUCUCUUCGUCGGCCUGUACUCGCUUGACAUGGACGAGGACGGCGACGCCGCCGUGGAGAUGGCGCUAGCCGCGCCGCACCGGUAUGUGCUGAAGCCGCAGCGGGAGGGUGGCGGCAACAACAUUUACGGCGAGGAGAUCGCGCACACGCUGGCGCGGCUGCGCGACAGCGCCGAGCGGACGGCGUUUAUCCUGAUGGAGCUGAUUGAGCCGCACGUGCAGCCCAACUACCUGCUGCGGCCGGGCCACGGCUCGCCGGAGCUGGUGCAAGCCGUCGGCGAGCUGGGCAUCUUCGGCUACAUACUCGGGGAUGGAGAGCAGACCUACUGCAACGAGUGCUGCGGCUUCACACUACGCUCCAAGCCGUCCUCGGUGCAGGAGGGCGGCAUCAUCGCCGGCUUCGGCGCCAUGGACUCGCCGUUCCUGGUGUACUGGGACGAGGACGGGUCCGGCGCAGCCUCGUCCGGCGACGGUGAUCAACGUGGUAACACCCAGUUGAGCUGAGGACGCCCCCAUGCGCUUCGAAGUUUCUCGGGUCGAAACUCAGCAACCAGCAGCGACCUUGGGGUUGUGAGGUCACCUGCAGGGUGUGGAGUGGUUUCCUUUAUAUGUAUAUAAUAUAUAUAUAUAUAUAUAUAUAUAUAUAUUAUAUACAUAUGUGUAUGUGUGUGUGUGUGUGUCUCUCUCUCUUUCAUACAUAGAUAUGCCAUGCUGUUCACUUCACUGAAGAACUCAUUUGUGGCAAAUGUUGCUGAAGCUAUGCCCAAUAGCAGGCAGCAGCCUUUUUAGGUGCAUAUGAUAUGCAUCAAGUUCCACAUGACCACUUUCUGCACUGAAAAACUCAUAUUGGGACUCACUAUUGCACUGUUUGUGCACAAAAUUAACAAAUGUGUUGUCUAUGUGUGUUAUGAGUGUAUUGAACAUUUUAGCUUAUGAAUUGUCAAACUGAGAGCUACUCAGUUAAGAUAUCUGACUCCUUGGGGAUAUUUGCAAUGUAAAGUUUGUGUGCAUAUUGCAGGGCAAAGUGAAAUGUGAGGCAUAAAUAUAUUAUGAGAGGUGAAUGUUAUUCUUUCAUCACUAUAGUGCUGCAGUAAGCACACAAUAGAAGCAAU